AUGGCGGCGCGCUUGGAUAACCACACCGCUAGCCAAGAAAGAGCGGCGGGGGUAAUUCACACACGAAACAGCAACAGCACGACAGUGACUUUCGGGGCUAACGUGGUGGAUGGCGGGUGCGUCGACUACGGCUGGAGCCCAAAUAAUCCCUUCCUAGCCAGCAUGAAGCUAACACAGGCCGCUAACGGAGCAGCGGACCCCACGUUUCUACCGCAACUGGACACAGCGUGGCCGCCCACUCCACCGCCAUCGGGAUCUACAAAUCCUUUCACCAAAGCAGCGGUGCAGCAGAGAGGAGACCAUGGUGAGUCUGCAGCGCCCGCAGAUGUUAAACAUACCGCUGCUACCCCGUUACGCCCCACAGAAUUUACCCACAUCACUGAUCAAUAUAUUAAUCCCUUCACAAAGACGAACAGAGACUAUUUCACUACUAGUACUCCUGUUUUCCACACCCAAGCACCUUUUCAAACACAGACUGUGCCACAAAUCGCCUCACAUGUGCCUUCACACGUAACACCAAGCUAUGCAGUGCAGGGCCAGACCUAUGACCACAGUUUUUCAAGAACUGAUCCUCCCCCUCUCCCACUGUGGGGGAAAAUAACAGAUGUGGUUGGAUGUUUUGGAGGUUACUAUGAGGCAAGAAAACAGGACUGCAACACGGUCAUGGUGAACUGUGUUGCAAUAACAUAA